UGUUGGAGAGAAUAGGCGACGCGCAGAAACCACAAACCGGAGGGGAAGGAGAAUGCAUUGUGCUGAGGGUGAGUGAGGAAGCAGAACCGGAGCCAGCCGAGGGAAAAGGAGCGGUGGAGAUGAGGAAGGGGAUGGAAAGAAUAGAGAAGAGAAGCAAGGCCUCCGGGUUGACCACAAGUCCAGAGAUCUAACUUGGGGCAUUUCAGCCGAGUGGAGGCUUUUCUGGCAUCACGCAGUGACAGUGCUGCCAUGGCAUCAGGAACUCCAGAUGUGACGACCAAUCAGGAGCCUGCUGAAGUCCAGGAAGAGUGCUCAGGAAAGAAAAAGUCCAAGUUCCAAACAUUUAAAAGGUUCUUCGCCAGGAAGAAGAGAAAGGAUCCAUCAGCUGCAGGAGCGGACGCAAGCCUUAAAGCCAGCCAGUCGAGUGACAAUGUCAGCAAAGCAUCAGAGAGCAACACACUCACUCGAGCAGAGAAGGAUAAAGGCUCUGGGUCGAAGAUCAGUCUGGGAGGCAAAGCUUUGUCACAUGACUCCGUGUUUGUUUCGGACUCAUCGGAGGCGAACGAGGCUCUGGGGGCAUCGCAGGACAGCAUUCAUGGGAAGGUGAAAUCGCUCCAGCUUCAGCUGAAGCAGGCCAUCAAACUGGGCUCUCCACCGUCUCUGAUGUGUGUGAAGAGGGCAGAAGAUCCUGCGACCAUGUCUGAGGAUGAUGGCCUACCCUGCAGCCCACCAGAAUACACAACAGUUCACACGAAUCAGGCUCAGGCGAACAGUUCCAUCAGUCUGGAGGGAAUAGACAGCGAUGAGGACCGGCUGUCCUGCGCAGCCUCCAGCAGAGCAGUGAGCCCCCUGGUGGUUCCAGGAGACUUCAGCCAGCCGGCCAGUCCUUUUGUCUGUCUGGAUAACUCUGCAGCCAAACACAAGCUGGCCCUGAGGCAAAAAGCCAGGAGGAGACCUGCCAGUCGAACAGAGGGGAAAGCAGGGCAAGAGUCUGAGGUGGAGGCGAAGCUGACGACCUCCACAGAGGACCAGCAGGAGGCAGAAGAAGUGGCUGAUGUUCUGCUGAAACCAGAAGUUGAGAGGGAGGAAAAUGAGGAGGAGGAGGAGAGCGAGGAGAAGGAUCAACCACAACAUUCCAUACAAUCCCUGUUGGGAGAUGAGGAGGAGGGAGAAGAUGAGUCCGAAGCCGAACAGGAUGUUUCUCACGGCCCGGACACUUCCUGUCCUCCUGAGCCAAGUCACUCGGAGGAAGAAGACUCCGACAGCCAGCCCCUGCCCUCCUCCAAGCUCAGCUCGAGCGCCUCCUCUCUGGAUAGUCCCAGGGCCACACCAGAGCCCCCUUCUGGCUUGACGGGCACAAGCAUGGCUUCCAGUGCAGCGGAGAGUAAGGAUGUAAGUGACUCUGCAUCUGAAAGUGAAGAAGAUGGGGUCCAGAACCACGGGGAGGAGGAGAACUCCUUCUUACAGGAGGUGCUGAGCUCUUUGAAGACCCCCCUCGUGUCUGCCUCGCUCGAUAUGAAAACUGAGGGCGCUGUCCUGGAGAUAAAGGAGGAAGAGGUCAAAGAAAAGGAGGAAGAAGAGGUAGAAAUGGAAGAAGGAGAGGAGGCUAAGGAAGAAGAGGAAGAGGUGGAUGAGUCCCUCAGUUCUCAGGCUGCUCCCUCGUGCUCCAUGCUGUCAGAUCAGACCACGAAGGAAGAGGAGCAGGUUGUCACUUCCUUGUGGCAGGAAGAAGAAGGAGGAGGAGGAGGAGUGGAUGCUGAGGAAGAAACAGAGGAGGAGGAAGAGGAGGAAGAACCAGUUGUGGAGAGAUUUAUUCGAUCUGAUGAUGAGGAGGAAGGAGAAGAGCAGGCAGUGGAAGUCAAGCCUGAAGAGGACGACAGCGUGCUCUCAUGCCAAACUAUCAGCCAGGCAGGUGACGACAACGUGGAAGAAGAAGAUGGGGAGAGUGAGGGAGGGGACGAGGAGGAGGCAAUCAAGCUGGAGAAGAAGUCUGAAAUGGAGGAGGAGGAGGAAGGGCGGGAGAUGAGGGAAGAGGAUGAGGAAGUCGAGACGACUGAAAGGACAGAAGUGGAGGAGGCAGAGGAAGCAGUGGAAGGAGAGGAGAGAGGUGCAGAAGAGAUGCCUGAGAUGCUUCCGGAUACGCCGGGUGAAGAAGUUCAGGUGGUGGCGCAGGAGGCGGAUGAAGGUGUGGCACUUGAAGGUGACGCCGUGUGCGCUGUAAAACUCAAAGAUGAUGAUCAAAUCCCAGCAGAGAUGAGCGAUCAAGGACUCACCACGGAGCAGAAGGAGCAAGAUUUCAACCAAAACUCUGGAGACGAGACUGAAGAAGGAGAAGACACAGUAGAGGAGGGGGCUGACCUCAGCGCGGGGUUAGACCAAUCGGAGAAAGGCGUGGGAGCGAGCCAGAGUGAUGCAGAUCAAAGCGAACAGGAGCUGGAGAGCGAGGAAGCAACGCCGCAGUCAGACACCAAACAGAUGGAGGAGUGUCCGAGUGAAGCCGCAGAGCAAGAUGACGGCUCCCCCGAGCAUUCUCCUUUGUCCCUGCGACAUCAUGAGCCUCAGUCACCAAAGAGCGAGGCCAGGAGUCCCACCAAGACCAGCACAGCGAUCGUCCACAUAAAUCUAGUUUCUCCCAGCUCAGAAAAAGCCACGUCUUUAUUCCAGCUGCCUCCAGCUGCUGCAGAUUCCAGUGACAGCGCCAGUGAGGCGGCUUCACAUGACACAGAGUCCACCUCUGCAGAUAAAGAGGAAGCUGACGCUGUGGAGGAGGAGGAAGACGAAGAAACGCAUCAAGACGCUGCAUCUCCUGCACCUGCUGAGGAAAAGACAAGCCAGCCGCCCUGCAGCCCCGAUCAGACUAAAGUCCGCUUCACGAUCGCUCCCGCCUGGCAGAGAUCGCAAAGUCUGAACCCUCCUCCUUCCCCGCCUGCUUCCGUCUCCUCCCCCUUCGCUGUCGCAUCAUCCAGCUGCGAGGAGCUGGAGACUGUGACCGAGGAUUCGGUCACGAAAGCAGAACCGGCAACUUCACCAAAGGUUGAGUUGGUGCUGAGCCCCAGUAGGGUGAAAACCGCCAAACCACAAAGCAGUGUGACACCGGCUCCACCCACGAUCUCUACUUCUGUGAGCAUUGAAGAGAGCUCAGUGAUUGUAGAGGGAAACCCGGACAAUCCCUUCGGAGUUCGGCUGAGGAAGACGUCGGCUCUGCUGCGCUUCAGCUCAGAGGAGGAAAACACAGAGCCUCCGACUGAGUCACAAACUCAGCCACCCAGCUCUAAAGUUGACUCCCCGCAGCCAGUCAGUGUUAAGCCCUCCAUCUGUCCACCGGUCAGCAUCAAACCUGCGCUGCCUAAGAAGCCAGAGGUUCAAGCUGACAGUGGAGGGAAACUGAAGCGCGUCUCAGAUUCAGUUGCGGGCCGCGCUGUUUCUGCUGGAUCUGAUCCUCCCAGCUGGAUCUCUGUGGCCAAACAGAAGCAGAAGAUCUAUAAGGAAAACUCACUGGAGGAGAUCACUGUCAAGAAGGAGGACCAAGAGAGAAAGUCUUCACUUCCAACAUACGUCUGCUCAGCUGCAAGCAAGGAGCAAGGCACCAAAACAGCUGAAACCAAAGGCAAAGGGGCUCAUUUGGAGAUGAGCAAGCCAUCAGUGUCUCCAGAUAAGGAGACCAGAAGGCCUUUCUCUCCUCCGACUCCAGUGCCGCCUCAGCCUUUAAAAUCCCAGCCCCUCCCCUGUGUUGCCCCCAAACCCUACGUCCCACCACCCCAAGCAAAGUACCCACCACAACCUAACCCUCCCCAACGAUCCCUGUCAAUACCAGAGGCUCCAAAAUCUCCUGCUACUCCGUCAUCUCCCUCUAAAACUCCGCCCCCGCUCACCUGCCCCCCAUUUCCAUCGAGGACCGCCUCGGAAAAGCCCAUCCUGAGAGCGCCGGGGCUUCCUGGACAGACGCCGCCCUCCCAGCGAAACCUGCCUCCCACGACUCUGGCCCAGGAUGAGCCCCCCUGGAUGGCACUGGCCAAGAAGAAAGCCAAAGCCUGGAGCGAGAUGCCCCAGAUAGUCCAGUGACAGGCCAGGUCAGAUUAAGAGAAACCACACGCCCCCCCCCCCGUGGGACCUGAAAGGCUCCAGGAUGGAGCAGAACCGGUUUGCACACAAACAUCUUUUAAUCCUGAGCUUCAGACUUUAGAUUGGUGUAAAAUGCCCAGCUCCACAGCUGAAGGCAGGCUCUCUUUCACUCCUUUAUUUCUGUUUUCUAAAUGACACGGUAGGACCCCGAAAGUUAACGCGUCUUACUCGAGGAGGAUAUUUUUUUGUUUGUUUGUUUGGUUUUAAAGAUUUGUAGUUUGGGAUGAGGUGCUGGAAUGAGACACCUGCAGCCUCACACCAGUACGUUUUAACUUUAACUCGGAUGAAUCCACUUCACAUCACUAAACAUUUCAGGAAAGGGAACACAGAGAUGUUAUUUUAUAUGAGAACACUUCAUUUACCCAGGACGAUGAUAAAGUAACAGAAAAAAUCUUCUGUUCUAUCUUAAGAAUGGACCUACAUGAUGCUGCCGGCCUGUGUGUGUGUGUGUGUGUGUUUAUAAUAAGGCAGGUAUAAAUGCUGAUAUAUUUGAGGAAAAUGGAAUAGUCUGUGGUCUGAGAGUGAGAUGAGGAUUACAUCCAGAGCUGUUCUUUGUUUUUUUUGUUUUUAAUCAAAUCUACUUUUAGAGAAGCACGUCCAAUCAGGUCCAUGGACACUCCUGUUUCAGGCUCGUCCGUGUAAAUUAUAUUUUUUCAUUUUCACUUUUGAUAUUUUUGAAUUCUCUUUUUGAUAUUUUGAUCAACUCCAAGCAUCCUGCAGAAAUCUCCCAAACCCCGCCCCCAAAAAGCUGAUAAUCAGUAAGCGCUGCCGCUGCGUUCACAGUCAUCUGUUUGAAAUUGUUUAAUGCAUCGCUGCGUUGCAGAGUGUUGUUGACUAUGAAUCCUUUUCCAGUGUAAAUGAAACAUAAGUAUAAAGCUACUUAGGCACUUAGAGCUGGGUUUGCUGCGGGAUGCGUCGUCUGUGUCAUUUCAGUGUCUGGCAGUAAGCAUAUGCAGAUAUGUGAUACUCGUUUUGUAUUGCCUUUUGAGAAUUUGUCUUGUACAUAAUAAUGCGCAGUAAAGAACAAAUUAUAAAGCA